GAAGAAUGUCGGUGUAAAACAUCUGCUAAUUGUUCAAAUGAUUUUUUUUUAUGUUGUUGCAUUAUAUUUUUUUCAAAAUUCUUAACCAUGUCAAAGCAAGUUGCAAAAAUAACAAUAUUUUUGCUUGGCGCAAUAAUUUCUAAUGUAGUUUACGGAAAAACGGAUGACGAACUGUGCGACAUGUGCUUAAAUGAUGAUUUAGAAAGGGAUCAACAUAUUUUAUGCAUGUUUCCCUAUCCUGAGCCCGCUGAACAACCUGGAUGCCGGAAUGUUGAUAUGUCAAUAACGGAUGAUGCGUUCAGAGCGAAGAUUCUCGAUUGGCACAACAAUUACCGGAACAAAUUUGCUGAAGGAUCAUGGCCAGGACAAGAAGGAAAGAAUUUUCCAAAAGCUGCCAAUAUGAUGCUUUUUCAUUACGAUUACCAGCUCGAACGACUUGCGAGAAGACAUGUCCAAAAUUGUUACUCAGAUCAUGAGAAGUGUAGACUCGUAGAAAGGUUUCAAUACGGACAAAACCUUGGCUAUCAAUCAUGUUCGAAUCCGCAAUGUGUGCCAAACGAUACUUCAACUACUUGGAACAAUUGGGUUGACGAAAUGAAAGAUUACGAUCCAAGAGAUGUAGAGAAAUUGGGAACAUAUCCAAGUUCGAGUCAAGUUUUCCAUUUCGUCGCUGCGACUUGGGCUAAUACUCGACUGUUGGGAUGCGCACAAGGGCGUGCUGAAGUUGGGGGAAACAUCAAUUUCCAAAUUAGUGUUGCUUGCAACUACGGCCCAAUGGGCGUGUGGAUGGGUGAGCCCAUGUACCUUCAAGGCAAACCAUGUUCUAUGUGUCCGAAUGGCACCGCUUGCUCCUUUGACAUAAACUACCCUAAUUUAUGCGGAGGCGAUAAGAUCGCACUUGUUUUAAAAACGGAUUUUCCAUUUAUGGAUCCGACUGCAGGAAAGGAACCGCUGACGAAUAUGGGUCAUGACGAAGAAAUUGAAUUCCAUAUACCUACCAAAUCAGUCUGCGGGACAGUCUGUCUAUGCGUUAUUCUUAAAAUACUUUUGACGAUUUGUCUCAUUCUCGCUCUGGAUCUGCGAAUUUGAAGAUUGUCGAAGAUACAGAACAAUGAUAUGAAGAAAUGGCCUUUUGUAUUAAAAAAUAAUAAUAAAACAACAAAUAAAAU